AUGAUACUUCGUCGCUACAUUGUCCUCAUUUUCACAGGCUUGAGCCUUUCCCUUGCCGGUCCGACUGUUCUCCCGUUCCACCUCAAAGAGCGCAUCGAUCCACCCCGUCACUGGGUCAAGCUCGGCCCAGCGCCUGUCGAUCACGUAGUGACACUACGCAUCGCGCUCCCUCAGCCGAAUUUCUCCGUGCUGGAACAGCACCUGUACGAGGUGAGCGAUCCGGGGCACGCUCGGUACGGCGAACACCUGUCCAAGGAGGAGAUCGAGAGUUUGGUUGCUCCGCAUCCUGCGAGCUUGGAUGCUGUAGAGGCGUGGCUGCUGGGACACGGCCUAGAGCGAGAGGCCUAUACGCACUCACCGGCGAGGGACUGGAUCACGGUCAACGUGUCCAUUCGUUUGGCCGAAGAGAUGUUGGAUACCCGUUAUCAUAUCUGGAAACACGAUCUCGACGGCGAUGUCGUAGUGCGCACCACAAGCUACAGCCUUCCACCGGCCCUCCACGCCCACAUCGCGCUUAUUCAACCCACCACCAUGUUCGCGCGCCUCCAAAACGCCCGAUCAACCCUCCAAAUCGUCGAUUCCGAAGAAGCCUCCUCGCAACAAGAUGCCGACAGCCCGCCCAUCGUUGACCCCGUCUCGGGGACCGAGAUCGACGCGAGCUGCAACAGGGUGAUCACGAUCAGGUGUCUGCAGCAGCUGUAUCACACUGCGGGCUACGCCCCGUCCGCGUCCGGCCAAAACCAGAUAGGCGUCACGGGAUAUCUGGAGCAGUUUGCGAACUUCGAGGAUCUCCAGAUGUUCUAUAAGGAUCAGAGGCCGGAGGCCGGAGGCUCCUCGUUCAACGUGUCCUUGAUAAACGGUAACGACCAGAACCUUGCUGACGCGGGCUCGGAAGGGAACCUGGACGUGCAGUUCGCUUUCGGCCUGGCAUAUCCUACUCCUGGAUUUUUCUACUCCACCGGAGGAAGGGCGCCUUUCGUCCCGGACGCCAGAAUGCCGUCGGACAGCAGCAACGAACCUUUCAUCCAGUGGCUUCACUAUGUUCUUGUUCAAAAAAGUAUCCCGUUCACUAUCUCAACGUCCUACGGUGAUGAUGAGCAGACAGUACCGAGAAGUUAUGCGGAGCGCUUGUGUCAAACGUUGGCCCAGCUUGGUGCCCGCGGUGUCUCAGUUCUGUUCAGUUCAGGCGACUUUGGCGUCGGGGACGGGAAUCCCGAUCCGAGGACGCAGCAAUGCCUGACCAACGACGGCCGCAAUGCCACACGAUUCAUCCCCACGUUUCCCGCCAGCUGUCCUUACGUGACCUCUGUCGGAGGAACGCAGCAUAUACCUGAGAUCGCGGUCUCUAGGUUCUUCUCUGGAGGAGGAUUCAGCGACUACUUCGCUCGUCCAUCCUAUCAAAACGAUGCCGUGUCGUCGUACCUCGACAAGCUCCCAGCCGCGACGUACGAUGGCUUGUACAACAAAAGCGGCCGAGCAUUCCCCGACGUCUCUGCACAAGGCGACUUUUUCCGCGUUUUUCUCAAGGGCAGACCUACUCUCAUCGGGGGCACGUCCGCCUCAUCGCCCACGUUCGCAGCCGUCGUCGCGCUUCUCAACGACGCGCGAAUCGCGUCUGGUCUUCCGCCGCUCGGGUUUCUCAACCCGCUGUUUUAUGGUAAGGGGGUCGGAGGGCUCAACGAUGUCACAGUGGGGAACAACGCGGGCUGUGGCACUCCCGGAUUCAACGCGACGCAGGGGUGGGAUCCAGUGACUGGCCUCGGCACGCCGAAUUUUGGAAAGCUGAAGGAUAUUGUGUUGAGUGGCUGAGUGAUGAGAUGAGCAUGCCGCAGAGGACAUUGCGUACCGACUAGACUUGCUGAACAACGAUGGAUGGGUCGACACAUCAGGUUAGUAGUGGGCGGGGGUAAGGACGUGUCAAACAUCAAUAGGACAUGGGCAGUGAGAUAGGAUAGUUGAGAUGAGAGAUUGCGUUCAAUGCAAAAGGGGACAGAGUGAAGGGUAACAAAUCUCAGAUCCAAAUGUCACGGCACAGAUGCAUCUUC